AUGUCCUUCCAUACUUUCCGCUUCAAUCUUCCUACCCAACAACAACAAUCAUCCGCAUCGCCAUCAACAUCAUCUAUUGCUGCAACAACAACCAUCACUUCAUCAUCAUCCGUUUCCACUCCAACAACAACCAUCACUUCAUCAUCAUCCAUUUCUAUUCCAACAACAACCAUCACUUCAUCACCAUCAUCUGCCUCUACUCCAUUGUCAUCUACCCUCGUUCAUCAUCACUUACACCAUCCUCUUCCUCGUUUAUCACCUGCCCCUAUUUUUCUUCCAUCAUCUGCACCUCCAAUUAUCCAACCAGUUAUCCGAUCGCCAACAUCUUCACCACCUCCAUCAUCUACUCAGCGGUCAUCAUCAUCAUCAUCACGAUCAUCCAAACCAAGUUCAAAAUAUACCGAAGAACAAACUGCCGUUUUGAUUGAUUGUUGGAUUGGUAAAUGGAGAGAGUAUCGUCAAGGUGGAAAUAACGCCAUCAAGUCCAAAAUCAAACGUGCUGUUCAUCAAUUGUACAGAGAAAGGACCGGCGACAUGAAUCGAACUGACAAUGCUCUUGACCACAAGCUGGCUGACCUUCGAAGGGAACAUACCGACCAUGUCACUAAGAUCAAUGCUACAGGAUCUGGUGGUGGACCAUGCACAUGGGUUCAUUUUGAUGCAAUGCAAGCAUUAGUGGGUGAUGAUCCUAAUGUUAUACCAGCAAUGGAAAUCGAUUCUCUUAGAGACAACAUUUUGGUACGAGGAAGAUCGCUGCAGGAAGUUGAAUAUUCGUCAGAAGAAGAAGAAGAAGAAGAAUCCACGGAAGCACCAGCAACAACAUCAACACCAACGUCAGCACCAACACCAACACCAGCACCAACACCAGCACCAACAUCAGCGCCAACAUCAGCAACAAGACCAUCCGGUAACGAUAGGAACAGUGGGCGUCGUGUCCGAAGAAGAACCGAUACAAUGAGAUCACUUAUGGCAGACACCAUGGAAAGACAACAACGUCAAAUUCUUGAUGAAAUGCGACAAAUGCAGACAGCUUUCCAAGAGCAAAGCGAUCGUCGAUGGAACCAGUUCUUCAGCAUGUGGAGAGAAUGCGAACAAAGACGUGAAGGAUUCAUGGAACGGUACCUGGAUAUACUGCAAAAUGGUAGAUCACAGUUGCCAACAUCAACACAAUCACCAUCAUCGUCACAAUCACAUCCAUCAUCACAGCCACCAUCAUCACCACAACCACCAUCAUCACCACAACCACCACCAUCAUCGCAACCACCAUCAUCAUCACAAUCAUCCCACGCUUCCCCCCACAAUUGA